AUGCGCAUUGAAGGAACUCACCUGCACUCGGCGCAGUGCGACGAGGAGGAGUUGGCUGUUCUGGCGAAUGUGCUCGUCGAGGUCCACAGCAACCCAGCUGGCGCUCAGCGCGUUCGCCUCGGCAGUGGCAAGUGCGAACGCCAGGUAGCUAUCGCGUUCAAUUCGGCGCAGCUGGAGCGGGCGUUGCGGUCGACAAUGGCCAACGAUCGAGUGGAGCAAGAUGAAGAAGUGGACGAGGAGGAUAUGGAAGACGGUGAGGAUGACGAAUUCCGCAAUGUUGAUUACCCAGCUAUGAUUCUCGACCAAUAUUUGGGCGACGAUGAGCACAGUGAGGAAUUGGUCAUGGAUGAGUGA